AUGGGGGUCAAGCGCAAGGCUUGCCCCAGUCCCCCUGUGGCCCACAUCCGGGGAUUCGCCCCCCCACCACCAAGGGGGCCCACUCCUCUGGCACACUUUGUGGUUUCACUCUCGCGUACAUUCAAUAGAACUCGAAUUAUCCGAACUCCGACUAUCCGAAUCUCCGAUUAUCCGAACUCCGACUAUCCGAAUCUCCGAUUAUCCGAACUCCGACUAUCCGAAUCUCCGAUUAUCCGAACUCCGACUAUCCGAAUCUCCGAUUAUCCGAACUCCGACUAUCCGAAUCUCCGAUUAUCCGAACUCCGACUAUCCGAAUCUCCGACUAUCCGAAUCUCCGAUUAUCCGAACUCCGACUAUCCGAAUCUCCGAUUAUCCGAACUCCGACUAUCCGAAUCUCCGAUUAUCCGAACUCCGACUAUCCGAAUCUCCGACUAUCCGAAUCUCCGAUUAUCCGAAUCUCCGAUUAUCCGAACUCCGACUAUCCGAAUCUCCGACUAUCCGAAUCUCCGAUAA